CUCUUUGCGACAAUAUUUGGAGAGGUAGCAGAGCCUUUUGUUUUUUUUCGGGAAACUUUACAGCUUUGCCGUAAAAUGGACGGUGUAGGUGGAGAAAGUGUGCUGAAGGAUACAGGAGUUAGAGACUGCUGGGCUGGAAAGCGUUUAAAUAUACUAGAGAGAGCAAAAUAACCUGUGCAUUUGAGGGGAUGGAGUAAGCUGGUCGGUAAUGAAGUCGGGUAGCAGGCGAAAGCGAUACAGUUGUUGUUUGUUGGUACAUUAUAACCCGGCACUUGCUGAGUGAGAGAGUCUGGAGCUUGUACCGGGGCAGUCGAGCCUCGGGGCCAGCGAUGUCUCCACGAUACCCAACCUCCAGGAGAACGGGCCACGCACAACUUGUAUUUCAGCAGCCAGAAACACAGCCUAGCCCUGACUUUUCGAACUCCCUUGAAAAAUGAAAUCGAUUUCCUAAAUCCUCAAUCGUUAAGACUCAGUUGAUUUUAUUUUCAUUUUGGCUGCGAUAGUGCUGAGCAGGACUGAAUGCAAAAGACCCUGUGUGCUCUGAAAAGCUGACUAUGUACAGCCUCCCUGGAAGGAGGUCACCUGGACAGGAUGCUGAAACCUGCUCUCGUCCCCUGUCUCAGGCCCGUGUCUACUUGGAGCAGAUCCGGAGUCGAGUGUCUCCCAACAUCUCGGAGAGCCAUCAGGCACUCAGAAGCACAACCACCAAAAGAGACUACCUUGUUGAUGCGGCGAAGCAGAUCCGCUUGGCCUUGGACAGAGAGGUCAAUGAGGAUUAUGAAGCUGCAUUUAACUAUUACAAGAAUGGUGUGGAUCUGCUACUGAAGGGAGUACAAGUUGAUCCAAACAAAGAGCGUCGUGAGGCUGUGAAACGAAAAACAACCCAGUAUUUGAAGCGAGCCGAGGAAAUAUUCAACUCUCACUUACAGGGAAGCUUAGGAAACGGUACCGAUGAUUCAGGGGGUUUCAGUAGCCUGAGGUUUCGGCCAAAUAGAAUUCUCAGCUCACCAGUAGAGGAUCUGAAAACAUCCAAAGUCAUAGCAAUAGUUGACAAGGUGCUGUUAGUGCAGAAUCCGUCCUACAAGGAGCCCUUCAUAGUGAAAAGUCUACCCAAAUGUAGCCUGGUGAAUCGUGAAUGUCCGACAAUUAUACCACAGGGUGUUCCGUUUAUGGUGCAACUUCUGCAGUAUUUUGUCAGUGAUGACGCAGUCUUCCUUCACCUGGAGCACAUACCAGCAGGGAAGCUCUGGUCUCAGCUGCGUCACCUCCGUCAAUCUGUUGCAGAAAAGGGUUUGGAAUUUCCAGAAUGCUCCAGUCCACAUCACACAACCAUUAAAAUGAGAAACAGCUACACUGCUCCCUCUCUGUCAUCCAUGUGCUAUGACAAUUCCGUACUUCCACCCAACAGCAAGAGGGAACAGCAAAAAGACACCAAGAAAGAAAGAAAUGGUGAAUGUGACAAUAAAUAUGGUUACAGCACUGAUGGUAUCAAUGAUGCCAAAUCAAGUAUGUCACAAGGAUUUGUGAAAGACCAGGCAUCCCACCAAAUAAAUGGCUCAGACCAACUAAGUACACACAGUGCAAGUGCAAACAAGGCAAAGAUCUGGCGGGGAAAUAAUGGAAUUUCAAAGGGUUGCAUAGCAUUGAAUGGCUUGCGGGAGAGUGCUGAGGGAACAAGCUUUCAAGUGGCGCAGCUGAUAUACAGCGCGGAUGUAACUUUUGACCUCACUGCUUUGCUUCCUGCAAAGGAUGCUGAGUUGACUCCAAGCAAUAAAACUGCAAAUCAUGCCAUGACAAUAACUGUGGACCAUUUAAUGCAAAAUGACCUUCAGAGUGAAAAGAGUCAGCUUCUCUACAAGGAUAAGAGUUUACGGUCUGGUGAAUGUUUCUUACAGACAAAAAGCUUCAAUGACGCAUUGAGUCCAAAGUCAUCCGAAACUAACCAAAGCCAAGCAGCUUCAGAUUUGUUAAAAGAAAAGGCUAUUUUAAUUCAAGAGGAGCCUGUGAAUGGAUCAAGUCCAAUUAGAAGUCCAGUUAGAGCCACCAGCUUGAACUUGAAGGCUAGCAGACGGCAAGGGCAAAGGGGUUCAUACCAAAUUACAGUCAAUCCUUUAGAUACUAUUGCAGAUAGUAGCAAAGUCGCCGGUGUUAUGGAUAAUUCUGAGCUAGUCCUUGUCGGAACAUCGUCUGUAAUGCCUGUGAGAAAUACAACUGUCACAGUGUUGGGAAAGGGGCUGUCUGAGCAGAAGACUUCCCUGAGUGUUCUCAGCCCUGUACAACAACCUAGUACACAUUUGAUAUCAUCUUUAAUUGAACAACCAGUAAAGUCAUUAAAAUCGAAAGGCAUCUCGACUAAUGACAUGGAAGUGUUGAAUCAUGAAGGUGAAGGCCCUAAGAUUGACCAUCUGUUUAAACUUCCAAGCCAAAUUCCAGUUCCUGAAACCAAUCGUGACCAUGAGGACUGUGAUGCCAGAACUAUUUCGUGCACUGGGUGCCUUUGUAAAGCUGAGAAUGGAAGGUGCUGUAGCAGGAUUUCAGGAUCCUCAGCUCCUGACAAAGCAGAAGAAAGGGAGUUUGCAUCUUUUUCAACUCCACAUUCAAAUGCUGACCUGCCUGAUCCAAACCAAGCCUCCUCGGGUCUGACCGAGGAUCACAUUAGAAUCUGGGCAGCUGAGAUGGUGCUUGCUUUAGAAAGCCUUCAUCAGCAGGGAAUUAUUUGUCUGGAUCUAAAUCCAAGUAAUAUACUUGUGGAUAAUGCAGGUCACGUUUGCCUCACGUACUUUGGCCAGUGGAACGAAGUUGAAGUUCAGUGUAGCACCAAAGCCAUAGAGGAUAUGUAUUGUGCACCAGAAGUCGGUGGGGUUGGAAGAGUAACAGAGGCCUGUGACUGGUGGAGCCUUGGAGCAUUGCUAUUUGAACUUCUAACCGGGACGACUCUGUCUCAGUGCUAUCCUUCCAGAAUCCAUUCUCACACCCAGCUCCGACUCCCGGACCAUCUCAGUCCUGCUGCAGUGUCACUUCUCCAACAGUUGUUGCAGUGGGAUUACCGCUGCCGGCUUGGUUCUGGCGAGAAUGGAGCACAGGAGAUAAAAUCUCACUCCUUUUUCCGCACUUUGAACUGGGACAAGCUGAACGGUUAUAGAUGAGGAGCAUCACAGGAAAUCCUCUACCUGACGUAAUGACCAACAACAAAAGCUUGGAAGGAGAACAGUGUACUCUGAUGAUCAGGGAAUUUGUGCACUAUGCUGACUCUCAAACAAUUUCCACAGCCGUGAUCUACAGUGGAGUGUAGCUAAGACUGGAGAUUUAUCAGGCAUGUUUAAGCCAGUUACAGUAACACUAAAGCUGAUCAUGGGUUUCUCUAGCUUGCUAUGACAAUGCCCAUAUUGUCAAAGACCGAAUCAGACACACUUACUUCAGUAAAUUUUUAACCUUGAUCAAGUGACAUUAAUCAUUUUUGUGAUGAGAUGUACUCGGACAUGAUGGCCCUUUCUGGUUAAGGAUCCCUUGUUAUCUGGCAUCCAGCUCCUCUUACCCCAUAAGGGAAUCCCCAUCUCUCAAUUUUUCAGUCCGAUGUCUUUGUCUUUCUCCUUGCCACCUCUGUAGCAAAAACCAUGUUUCAUGCCAAAUGAUCAGGUUUGUUCCCUUGCCUGAGCCCACCAAUGCAGGUAAGGUUGGUAAUCUCAAACUGUCUUUGCCUGAAUGUCAAAAAUGUAUCAAGGUCUAUGGUGCUAAAACUAAAGUGGGGCCCAAUGAUUAACUGGAUCAGAAACAUUUGCAACUUUUAAGUUAUGGUUCACUCACAGUCCAGAGUUGUCCAAUUCACCUAACCUUGAUUUGAGGUUUUUCCCCCUCAUUUUUACACAAGCAAGAAAUUCAUGGGAAAUGAAGAUGGGAUUUUCUUAUCAAAUGAAAAUACAGUUGCAUGUUUUGAGACUUCAUUUUGAUUAUUUAGUGCUUCCACCAGAAUAAAAUCAUCUUAAGAUGUCUCUUGUUUCCCCUCCUGUCAUGGGAAAGUGUCUGACUGGUGGUGUGAGAUCAGACAUUCAGGAAUUUCAAUGAGGAAAAGACCCUGGGUAAGUAUCUACUAAGUAGUGUAUGCCCUACUAUCCUUUUGAGGUCACACAUUGAGCCUGGGGUAAUCCGAGCUACCAGACUGCUCUAUUUUAAAUACCUUACAGAACUUUAACAAAAAAGCAUUGAAGCAAUUUGACUUGUGUGUCAGUGAAUGGGGAUCUGCAUUUUGGCAGCUUUUAUACUACUACACUGCUCUGGAAAGCAAGCCCAACUACUCCCAGAAUUAUUGCUAAAGUUAAAGGUUUUUAACAAGUAUACAAAAUUCCUGACUCACUUGUCUACCGACCCAGGUUGAUGAUUCUAUAUUUAACAAGUAUUACUAUUUGUUAUGAAUAAAUGGGUAAAUAAUUAUGAAUCAUUGUCAUAUGACACUAGUUGAAACUCUUAAACCCCUUAUAAGGACUUGGAAGGCAAUCUAAUGGUCCCUUGUUCACAAGAUUAGUUUCCUUUGUCUCACCAGGAUGUGCUGACCCUCGACUCUCCUUCAGCACUUGCUUGCAGAAGGCAGAAGGCACAAGGUGGGUAGGUUCAUGCAUAACAGUUUCUGGCUUACUGGUUAAGAGCCACAGUUUACAAAAAACAGAGCAAAAAAUAAACUGGUCAUCUUGAGGUACAAGAUGGUUUUACCUACAGAACAGUAACCGCUCUCCUUCCAGAAGUCCAAUGGUUUCUGUCCCAACGUUUAUACCUGCAAGCUGUUCAGCUACCUGGGAACCAAUCACGCAGUUAGUGGCAAGUAGAAGGCUUUUGUCAUCAAUAACCAGUCGCUAGUCCAUUGACCAAUCAACUCCUUGUUACCAGUCAAAGCUCUUUUUGGACACACCCCUUGGCUUCAGUUCGUUUGUAAAUUAGGUUUUCACUACUGCUUGAAGUAGUUUUUUCAAAUCAACCUGUUCAGAGAUGUUACGACACACUCCUGGAGCAGAUGAGACUUGAACCCAGGUCUUCUGGCUGAGAGGUAAGGAUAUUACCAUUGCACCACAAGAACCCAAGAUGUAGCUGUGUAAACAGUGCUUACAAUGGGUGUCAGAUAACUUUUUAAAAAAUAUAGCAAUCUUUCAACACUCCUUGCAUUUUACAACAGAUCUUUUCUUAUUUCUGCCCACAAUAAAAAAUACAAAGGGGGGAAAAUAGUCUUUACACAGCUGCUGGUUCUGAGUCAUUACAGAAGUUUGUCUCGAACAUCCAUAACUGUGCAAACCUGUGGUUAUGGUGCAUAUUUUACUCCUUUCAGGACUCUGCUUGUUCUGCCUGGUCAACCGUUUGAACAGAUGAGGGAAAUUGUCAUCAACGAAACUUUAAUCUAAGUGAGAUAACAAAGUGUGGAGCUGGAUGAA